AUGUUGUGUCUACGCUGCUCUUAUGGUCUUAGGGCUACUCCAAUUAUAACAAGGGCGCUUUCACAAUCCAAUGCUAUCGUUGCGAAGAGAACAUUUACUUCAAUCACGCCCCUCCGACCUACGUUAUCCCCCUCCGCAUUCAAACCUUCAACGUCUGUAGUUAUUCCUUCAGAAGCAGCACCUCUAGAUCUCCUUCCUAAGAUCUCAGCACAUCCCGCUUUGAGUACAACACAAUUACGCUGUGGGCCAAGAAACACGUUCAGUCCGAGUCACUUUGUUAGGAAGAGGAGACAUGGAUUUUUGAGUAGAAUUAGGACGAGGAAGGGGAGGGCGACGCUGCAGAGGAGGAAGUCGAAGAGACGAAGUACUUUGAGUCAUUAG